AUGCCGGGGCCGUUUCUGGAGGACGCUCUUCCCCUCCACCAUAUGCCAGUGGUCACUAUUGCAGGUGCUGUGGGCGUGGUGAAGAAUAAGACACAUGAGAUCCCUGCCACCAUGGAACUUAUACUUGUGGGGACCAAUGGCAACGCCCCGGGCCCGGGGCUCCACUCCCGGCAGAAGCUGACCCACUGCCCGGCCGGGCUUCCGGGCGGAACCGGAAGUCGCCAGCGGCGGCCAAUGGGGGCGCCGAGGGGCGGGUCUCGCGAGAAGCCAGACUGCUCGGCGCCGCCCUGCCCGGACGCGCCCGCCCGCUACUGCGCGCCCGCCGCGCUGACCGCGCUGGCGCUCGUCGGCCUGGGCGUGGGCGCCGUCAAGGCCAACGUCACGCCCUUCGGCGCCGACCAGGUUAAAGACCGAGGUCCAGAAGCCACAAGAAGAUUUUUUAAUUGGUUUUAUUGGAGCAUUAAUCUGGGAGCAAUCAUUUCGCUGGGAGGCAUUGCCUACAUUCAGCAGAACGUGGGCUUCGUGACCGGCUACCUCAUCCCAGCGGUCUGCAUCGGGGUGGCUUUCCUGGUCUUCCUCUGUGGCCAGAGCGUCUUCAUCACCAAGCCGCCCGAUGGCAGUGCCUUCACGCAUGUGUUCAGGAUACUGGUGUAUUUGUGCCGUCCCCAGAAGCGGAUCGGAGAGCACGGUCACAGUGGUGAAGGCGUUGGAGCCCUUCAGCACCCUUCUAAACACAGUCUGUUUGAUUCAUGUAAGAGGUCUCGCGGAGGGCCGUUUACGGAAGACACGGUGGACGACGUGAAGGCCCUUGUGAAGAUCGUCCCCGUCUUCUUGGCUUUGAUACCCUACUGGACCGUGUACUUCCAAAUGCAGACAACGUAUGUUCUGCAGAGUCUUCACCUGAAGAUUCCGGCAAUUUCCAGCCUCACGGCCACUCCUCACACGUUCCCGGCGGCCUGGCUGACCAUGUUCGACGCGGUUCUCAUCCUGCUGUUAAUUCCCUUGAAGGAUAAACUGGUUGAUCCCAUUCUGCGAAGAAAUGGCCUACUCCCAUCAUCCCUAAAAAGGAUUGCCGUUGGAAUGUUCUUUGUGAUGUGCUCUGCUUUCGCUGCAGGAAUUUUGGAAAGCAAAAGGCUGGACCUUGUUAAAGAGAAAACCAUUAACCAGACCAUCGGAAGAGUCGUGUAUUACGCUGCCGACCUGCCCAUAUGGUGGCAGGUCCCACAGUACGUGCUGAUUGGCGUCAGUGAGAUCUUUGCAAGUAUAGCAGGUCUAGAGUUUGCCUACUCGGCGGCCCCCAAGUCCAUGCAGAGCGCCAUCAUGGGCUUCUUCUUCUUCUUCUCUGGCGUCGGCUCGUUCGUGGGCUCUGGACUGUUGGAGCUGGUGUCCAUCAAAGCCAUCGGCUGGAUGAGCAACCACACAGACUUCGGGAACAUUAACGGCUGCCAUCUGAACUAUUACUUCUUCCUCCUGGCUGCUAUCCAGGGAGCCACCCUCCUGCUGUUCCUCGUCGUGUCUGUGAGGUACGACCGUCAGCGGUCCCGGGCCAUCGGUGCGCCCGCCGGCAGGAGGACCUGACGGCCCCGAGGCCGCGUCCACAGGACGGAGGGGGGCCGUGCACCGCGCCGGCCGGGCCUGGGGACUCGUGGUCGCCGUGCAGGGGCGGCCCCUUCUUCCCUUCCCUUCUCCCAGAUGAGCUGGGUAAGUGCCUUUCCGUGGUUUCCCUCCGGGGGCAGAAGCGGAGCCCCGCGGACGGGGACCCGCGGCGGAGCCGACCAGGGCCCAAGACCGCGUGUCUGGUCCGCAUCCUGGCACUGGUAGCAGACGCUGUGGCCUCCUGCCCAUGGACCGCAUCCUCUCGCUUUGUUUCCUUGUGCUGAGAAGCAUCCGCUCAACCUUGAACGGGAGGGCUUUUCGGGAGACAAGAACGUGGGCAGGUGCCGCAAGGACUUGGUGCGAAGGUCACGUCCGCGGUUUCGCUCGUAAGCCGCCGAGCUCGCCAGUGCUGGGUUCUUCCGUGGCGAAUGUGUUUUAUCCGCGGCUUCAGAAACUUACUUUUAAACCGUUGAUGAUUGUUUUCUCACGAAAGAACGUGCGUCGAGAAACAUUGAAGGCCAUGUGACCCGUCUCAGGCGAGCAGGCGCCCUGAGGGGGUGAGAGCCUUGCGUCGUCUGUCCUGAUGUGUCAUCCCAUUCUGGGCGCCGUCGAGGGCGAAGACUGGUCACCAAGACGGUCGGGGAGCCUCACUCCGAGCGGAACUCGAGAUUCAAGGCCGCCGGCAGUGUUAAAUGUCCCGAGCGUGCUUGAACCGUUGGGCGGUCUGUGUCGUUGUUUAACGUGGCUGUGAGGGUUCUAAUUUUGUUAAAUAAACUACUCUUUCUUUGUUGCUGUAUCUCUGGCAUAACCUUAUUAUAAAAAGCGCCUCAAACGUGGGACCCAGUAA